UGCAAUCUCAAAAUUAAUAGUGAAACAGGAAAAUAAUCCCAAAUUCGCGAUCUUAUUGCAAGUUGUCUGUAAUACACCUGAAUUUCGUUUUUCACCUGUAUCACCUGCAAACCGGUUCGCCUCGGCGCAUGUGCAAUACAAAAAAUAUCAAUCAGAAUCGCGUGGGCCGCCAUUUUGAUAAAGCGCUUUGUGUUUUAAUGCCGUGAAAAUGUUUCGAUGAUUAAUUAAUUUAAAUCAACUGAUUAAAUCAGUAUCUUUCUUCCGAAUUAUCAAGUAUAAAUGGGUCAGCAAUAUGUGGCUCCGUAGCGAAAAGCGAAGCAGAGGAUUUCACAGGUUUCCGAUAUGCACAAAUAAAAAAUCCAAAAAAACUCUUCGUAAAAAUGGUUGGGUUCCCAAAUCACGCACAAUAUCUCUAUAUGCAACUUGCAUAAGAAAUUCCAAGAAGAAAUUUUCCAAAGGAAAGGAACUGCCGCCUAAAAAUAUCUCAGUUGAAUGUAAAGAAAACUAUCAGGCGCAGGUUGUUCCUGAGAUAUACGAGGUGCCUGUUGAUAAAAAUGUUGAAACAUUGAAUGAUGUUCCCCAUGUUGGUAAUAUGUCGACCCCAAAUCAAUGCUAUUCAUAUUUUGAUAAUGCCAUCUCUGGCACAAGUUCUUAUCAAAUUUCUUCGGAAACAACAAACCCAGAUCUUCCUAAAGAAAUUGAAUUUUCAACCAUUCAAUUAAAUGGAAUGGGAAAUAUGUCAGAAAAUUAUGAAGAAAAAAUGCAAUUUCAUCUAACUGAAAAAAAAGCUUGUGAUUACCAAAAAGAUAAGUACAAUUAUGGAGUUUUUACCGAGAAAAUAUGUGAGAGUAUGUAUUACGAAUACCCUCCAUUGAAAAAUGACUACCCAGAUCUUCAAAUAGAUAUGACCGACUUCAGUAAUGUCAACACUCAGGAGUUCAAUAACUUACUGGAUGAAGAAAUGUCAAAGAAUGUUAACAUAGCAAAUGUUGUAUAUGAUUACACAACUCUAUAUCCAUCAACUAUUCCGGAUAAUCAUAUGAUAUCGAGUGUUUCGGCACAAGAAGCAGAACGGCUUGAUAGGCAACCAGAGCAUGUCGAAGUUGAGGAUACUUGGGAGGCUUUUGAUCCCUAUUUAUUCAUUAAACAUUUGCCUCCGUUAACAUUCGAAAUGAGGUCAAAAUGUCCUGCAUUACCCUUGAAAACGCGAUCUAGUCCAGAAUUCAGUUUGGUGCUCGACCUUGAUGAAACCUUGGUACAUUGUAGUCUCCAGGAACUGAAAGAUGCCAGUUUUCAUUUCCCUGUGCUCUUCCAGGAUUGUUCCUAUACAGUAUAUGUACGAACCCGACCGUAUUUCAGAGAAUUCAUGGAGAGAGUUUCGCAAAUGUUUGAAGUUAUUCUGUUUACUGCUUCAAAAAGAGUGUAUGCUGAUAAAUUGCUGAAUCUUCUUGAUCCAGAGAGAAAGUGGAUUAAAUACCGCCUGUUCAGAGAACACUGUGUUUGUGUUAAUGGAAAUUACAUAAAAGAUUUGUCCAUUCUAGGAAGAGAUCUUUCCAAAACUAUUAUCAUUGAUAACUCACCUCAAGCUUUUGGAUAUCAUCUCAACAAUGGUAUUCCAAUUGAAAGUUGGUUUGAGGAUAGGAGUGAUUCAGAACUUAUCAAAUUGUUACCAUUUCUAGAAGGUCUAGUGGAAGUGAAGGAAGAUGUGAGACCCCAUAUUCGAAAUAAGUUCAAGCUUUUCAGUUAUCUACCUCCAGAUUAGACUAGAUGUGCAUAGACAAUCUUAUUUGAAAAAAUUGAACAAUACUCCUUUUUUUGUUAAUUCUACUCAGUUAAAGUACUGACUAACGAGAAAGUUGAAUUGCGUGCCUUUGUCGUAAUACUUCAUACUUGUCUUAUCUAAAUUUGAGAGAAAAUGCUAUUGAAUGUUAACAGAUAUUUUUAAUCUGUAGUGAAUGUGAUUUGUAAAGAGGUAGAAAUUUGAAAGUGAACUUGAAUAGAAUGUGGAAGUGUUUAUGGAAAUAAUAUUUAUUUCAGUGUCAUUUAAUUCCGUGCAAUAAUGAAAAUAAGAUAUAUAAUGAGAAAAUGUUUUUUAAAAUAUGAAUAUUUGAAAUUUUUACUGUACAGUGUUACUGUUGGUCAGUAUUUUAAUUACUGUAUUUAUGUAAU